AUGGAGAUGGAACAGAGAUGCAGAGAUAUCACCUAAUGUGGCAAAUAUGGUGUUGAUUAAACGAAAAUGAAAACUAUAGGUAUAUAUAUACAGAACUAUCGGUAGGUUCACCACCAAAAACAUAUCAAUAGGAGAAGAAUUGUUCUUUGA